AGGAAGGGAGAGAGAUGAUUUGCCGGGUCUCCACUCUGCAGGUGCACAGAACUUGCCAGGAAGAUCGGAGGUGCUGAGCAGUGGUGACCGCACCCACCAGCUUCCCAGGAGACAGCUGGUGCCUAAGCCCUACGUGCAGCUCAGUUUCCUCCCAACACUGUCCCAAAGAAGAAAUGCAUUCCUUCCAGCAGCGGCCACUACUGCCACCGGGCGCAGCACCUGGACAGACGAUGUACCCCCCAAACUGGCAGGGGGGAGGAAAGGACCCGGUUUUCCUCGCCAAGGGCUUCAGUCUGCUGAAUUUGAACCACCAGCAGCCAGGAGGAAACAGGGACCGGCAGACGUCAAAGGGGCUUGAGAACAACCUGUACAACCAGUACGAGGAGAAGGUGCAGCCCUGCAGUGACCUCAUCGACUCCCUGCGGGCCCUGGGUGUGGAGCAGGGCCUGGUCCUGCCGGCCAUCGCUGUCACUGGGGACCAGAGCUCGGGCAAGAGGUCCGUGCUGGAGGCGCUAUCGGGGGUCGCCCUUCCCAGAGGCAGUGGAAUCAUAACCAGGUGUCCGCUGGUGCUGAAACUGACAAAGCCGGAGUGCAAGUGGACAGGGAGAAUCAGCGGCCGGAAGACGGAGCUCCAGGUGCAGGACCCCUCGGUGGGGAGGGAAAUACGUAAAGCCCAGGAUGCCGUAGCUGGGAAUGGAGUUGGCAUUAGCCACGAGCUCAUUAGUCUGGAGAUCGCCUCCCCUGAGGUUCCAGAUCUGACCCUCCUUGAUCUUCCCGGCAUCCCCAGGGUGGCCGUGGGAAACCAGCCCCAUGAUGUCGGGCAUCAGAUCAAGGCACUUGUCAAAAAGUACAUCCAGAGGCAGCAGACAAUCAACUUAGUGGUGGUCCCCUGCAACGUGGACAUCGCCACCACGGAGGCACUGAGCAUGGCUCAGGAGGUGGACCCCGAUGGAGACAGGACCAUAGGAAUCCUGACCAAACCAGAUCUAGUGGACAAGGGCGCUGAGAAAGGUGUCCUGAAAGUCAUGCAGGACCUCACAUACCAUCUCAAGAGAGGUUAUAUGAUAGUGAAGUGCCGGGGUCAGCAGGAGGUCACGAACAAGCUGAGCUUGGCCGAAGCAACCAAGGAGGAAAUGAUGUUCUUUCAAACACAUCCGCACUUCAGUGUCUACCUGCUCGGGCUGUAA